AUGAUUAAAAAUAUUAAAAAAAAAAACUUACAAGAUUUUGUAACCGUGGUAGGAAUGGGGAAAGCUGUUGGGAAAGCGUUAGCUAUAAUAGCAUAUUAUAAAUUGAAUUAUAAAACUGAAAUUUCAACCACAACAGUUACAGUUUUAGAUACAUAUACCAGCUUCAGUAAUAACCAAGAUAUAGUAAAUGAUGAUUUCAGUGAUUCUGAAAACGAAACGGUAAAUAUCAAGAAGAGAUUAAUUAGUGGUGUCCAAAUACGUAUCUAUAUUUAA